AUGAAGGCUCAAGUUCUGUCUGUCUGUAGGAGUGAUGAAGCGGCUUUAUUUGAAGACAUCGAAAAGGAUGUAAUGAUGGCAACUAGGGUGGAGAGGUUGGCAUCGAUGCACGCACAAGUGGACACCAACACAUCACGACUGAAAGCCGAAGGGGUUCGACUUGCCCAUCAUGCCUAUAAAUGCGGCUUUGAUUGUGCUUUGGUGUUCGUGGCGCUGUUCAUUUUCUGGUCAUUUAUUUGCAUGGUAGUUGUCAUGAAAAUCUUCCCGAAAAAGCUUGCUUCAUAG